CACGAACGAAACAUCCCGGAUCCAAUUGUGCUUGCCGGCAUCCACACCAAGGACAAGCAGAUUGCUGGUAGCCAAAAUGGUCUUUAUUCUCGGCAUCAACUUCCCCGAGCGACAGCUCGUCAAGCAAGCUCUCCAAUCCUUCUUCGGCAUUGGCCCGCUGACAUGCAACAAAAUCAUGGCCCGCUUCUACGUGCACGAGACGGCGAAAAUCGGCGAUCUGGCAAACAAGCAGGUCCUCAGCUUGACAGCGGCACUUUCGGAAAUGAAGAUUGAAAACGACCUGAGACGGCAGAUCUUGGAUGACAUUCGACGCUUGAGGGAUACUGGCACGACUAGGGGUAGACGGCAUGCGCUCGGCUUGCCGGUUCGCGGACAGAAUACGAGGUCACAGAUCAAAACGGCGAUCAAACUCAACAAGUUGGACCGAAGACUUGGACUCAAGGGGCCCAGGUAGCGAGCCGUAUGGUGUUUCUCUCUUUUCAUUUGGAUAUAUUGUAUGUUACCUGGGUCUUGCAAAUGGCGUUUAUUUUUGUACUGUAUACUACAACAUAGACUUGGGAAUGUAAAAGAAAUUAUUUUCUGGUAAUUAAUGAUAUCUUUCUAUGUAUCUAGAGGCAUUUGUGAAGUAAACAGAUGGCAACGAGCGCUUUCGCGAACAACGCAAUAGAUAAAAUCUUUUAAAAGCAAAUAUGCAACACGUAAAAUUUCCAUCCUCAUUUCCCAGUCCUUUUCUUAACAACCACCAUGCAAGAAAACUAUCUAGCACUGUCUUCGUUCGGCAUAACCCCUUCUCCCCUAUUAAUCUGUAUCAUCUUAUCCUCCCCACCACUG